UAUAACACAUGGGCACAUGAGACAACUGCGGAAAAUCAAGUAGCUGGAGGUUAAUGUUCUGUAAAAUCAACUAAUAUUUUAAUUAUUAACACUUGCAACAUCUGCUCUGACUGUAAUACCCAUAUAAACACCACACCUUCGGGCGUCAUAGACUUCAAACGAGUCCUGCGCCUGUGUUUACAUCCUUUGCAAAACCCUCCGGAAAUUCCAACAUUAACUGAUGUUCUAAAUGACAUCUGAUUUUUUUAGAGUACGAAGGAUCCUCUUUUUUGGAGUGGCAAUAUCCUGAUGGUUGUGAUGUGAAUGAUAAGCGAUCACCUCAUGCUGUUAUGUGGUGUAAAUCCCCUGGAUUUCAAGCUGUAAAGCCACUUAUUUCUGAUGUGUCUACAGAAAAAGAAGAAGAGCGACACCUUUAUAUAAGUGACUCAUUUUUCAGGCUUGCGUGGUAUGCUGUUAUUCCUUUGCUCAGAAAUUCACCUGAACAUGACCCCCAGACUGUCAGAAUAUGGAUCAUUGAUCCGGACCGAGCAGAUGAGGCUGUAAUCAAAAAUACAGCAAUGAUUCCCUCUGUAUAUUUCAGAUAUCUUACUAAGAGUUUAUUUAUCGGUGGAGAGUUUGCAGUCAUCGAGUUGUCUUCAUUCCCUCAGACAAGCUGGAGUUAUUUUACAAAUAUGGGGGUUUGGGAGGCUCGCAUUCUUGGUGUCCAUGAAUAUCAUCAUUUUCACAUGACCAGUCAGUCAGUAUCUUUUCUUGGAAAUUCUGUUGCUUCUAGUCAACAUGUCUUCUACAGGACAUCCUCAGAGAAAGCACAUGGCGACGAAAAGGUGUCAUUACGCCUGCCAACUGGUAGUCGGAUGUCGAUAGUAUGGGGUGCAUGUACCCCUCACAGAGCCUUGCUCCUGUCUGACAAAGGCACAUUCAUAACUAAAAAUGCUUUCCUCACUUAUGAGGAGAUAAAGGUUGAUCCUGGAGAAUUGCUAAUGCCAACUGAGGGUUAUUACCUUGUUUUCGAUGCCGUCUUGUUGGAGAAUGGCUUGAUUUUCCGCAUAGGAGAUGCUCUUUUCUGGAGGGACAACGAGGAAGGAAUAUUGAGGAGGAAUCCUAUGAAACUGCUAGGUGAAGGAGUUAAAGGUCUGAGUUUUAGGACUCAAUGUGCAGAUUACUACCCCUUGCUAGGGUUUGAACUUGCCACAGUUCUUGCAUGGACAGACCAUGAGCUUUAUAAAGGUGGGAAAGCUCUGGAUUGGAAGACUAAUAGCAACUACAUGUCAAACGUACUGAGUCUUCCCAAAACUACUACUAUUCUUACUGCAGCAUUUGGAUCCCAGCCAGCAUGUUUGGGUGCACUGGUGAUGUACACAGACUCUGUACAACUCUCCCUGCUCACAUCCUGUGAGACUGAAGGCAUCUGGAGAACCAGAAACAUAUUGAGUACAAAUGUUCUCCAAGGGCCAUUUCAGAUGCUCUUUGUCAGCGCAGCCUUGGAAACUCUGCUGGUGUGGAACAAAGACAGUAUGCUUUAUAGUUUUCACAAUGAUAGUGAAUGGCGUUACCUGCAAAUAAUGGAUUCCUCCAACCUAAGCCAAGAAGCAAGUGGUAGCCACAUUCACCACGUGGUCAUGGACCACUCACGGAACAUGUUGGUAAAGAUGGAGAACAACGUGCUGUUUUUCUGUAAAUUCGGCAUGAAUAAACUGUUUCGGCUGCCCACCUGGAAUGACCCUGGACGUUCUGUAGUGCUCUACCUAAACCAGAAAGGGCAGAUCAUUAUGCUGACAAUGUUAGAUGGAGGUUUGCAUGUACAGAAGUACCCUUUGCAGAUGGAGAUCAGGAGUGCCAUGCGAGGGGAGGUCCACAGCUGUCCCUUUAUUGGCUUCACACACAACAUGAACAGGCCUGUCUACUACAUCGACAAGGAAGAGGCCAUUGAGUUUUGGGCCCAGAUAGUCUACCAUGAAGGUAAAAACAUUAAUGUGAUGCUAAGCAGGAACAAAGACCAUGUGUUGCAGAUCACAGAAAGGACCCAUUUUGAGAGUGUGCGCCAUCUGGAUACAACAAACAAGACCUUUACCAUUUAUCAGGAUGCAGACUACAGAGACAUGACUAACAACUCUGAUCUCAUAAUUAAAAACAGCCGAAACUCAAGUGAUAUAGUCACUAUGGAGCUGCUACCAACCCAGAUUGAUAAUUCAUGCAAUCUGCCAAAAAAUCAGAUUUCCCAUUUCUUUGUGGGCUGCCCACUGAACAGACACAUUCGUGUAAUAAAACCACAGAGAAUUCCAUGUAAGAUGCACGUUUUUGACAGCUAUACCAUUCCAGGAUUUGUACUUAGUAAUUCAUCAAAGGAUCUGACUGUGUUAUAUGACUGGAAGAGCUUUGGCUGUGUGUUGAGAAUCCACUACAAAGAUGAAUUUCGUCCAGACAUUGAUCUAUAUGAUGGAGAGACAUUCGUGCACAGUGUUGAUGCCAACUUCAUAGUAUGGGAGAAUUUUAAUCGAGAAGACUAUUACUUCAAUGCAACCAUGCAUCAGGUAGGCUGCCUUCAUGAGGCCCAAACAUGGAAAUCUAUGCUAGUUGAUGAGAAGCGUCCUGAAGAGGCCUGGGGACCUCAUAAUUACAAGAGCUGUUUUGUUGACAACUCUGAAAAACUAGGAAACCUUGACCAACCCUAUGAAAUCAUGAAUAGGAGUUCCAUGAAUUAUCUUACCUUUUCUCAAGAAAACAGUGCUAUUUAUGUUUUCAGUGUAAAGAUUGUGGACCCAAAUUACAGCUUUUGUGAUCUUCGUGCUGUAUUUGCAGUCCAAACAUACGGAAUCCCAGAGCUUGAUCAGCUCUUUCCCCUCUAUGUGUUGUUGUUCCAAUCCAUCAUUACACUCAUCAUACUGUGCAUCAGCUUCUACAGAUAUACCUCCAUCUUUCGAGACAUGCUUCAGAAGAAAUGUGUGUGAAUGAUUAGUUAAUUACUAGAUUGUGUAUAAUGUACAUAUGCGUGUGCCUUGUUUGUUAUUCAUUGAAUUUUCUGUUUAAAUUAUACUUAACCAUUCAGUUCAGUGGGACAAUUUACGUACAAAUGAAUUUAUGAAUGAUAUACACAUCUUAUGUUUUAUAAAUAACGCCCAUUGUCAGUUAUUUCAAAUCACAUAUAUAGAUACUGCCACUUAACUAUCAAUGAGCCUUAUUUAACAGAAUCAGAACUAAUUUUCUAAAAUUAUAUGAAACCAUAUGUAAUUAUAUGUAAAUUGUUGCAUUCGAAAAUGGAUUUAGAAAGUAAUGCAGCUUGUUUUAUG